UUUUGGGAAAACUACGAGGAAAAGUUUACGAUUUUGGGUGAUGAUUUUUAACGAUUCAUUGGAGUUUUCUCGGACUUAGCUGAAAAAAAACGACUACGUAUGCACGAUUGUAAAUGAAAAAUAAAGCAAAAAGACAAACAAUAUUUUGUGUUGUUGAGGAUGUACAGUUAAGUUAAAGUUUAAAAGUCCUGUUAAUCAGGAUCAUACCACAUUCGAACUAUCUCUGACUAUCACCAUCACCAGCAUCACUUCAACCAGUUUUAAAAAUGUUGUUUUAAACAGUUAGUGUGUUUAUAAGAGCAGUGAACGGCUAAUUCAACCUAUUUUAAGGCUAUAAUUUGCAUAUAUACAUUAUAAAGUUGAGUACAUCCGCAUCUUCAAUAUAUAUACACGUUUUAGUUGUAUUGUAUAUUGUAUAUACCAGUUGCAAAUUUACUUUUUAUAAAUAAACUCUGAGGAGUAUGUUAUUAUAAUUUUAUAAAUGUUAAGAAAAAUGAGCUUCUCGAGUGAUGAAGUCAACUUUUUGGUAUACCGAUAUCUACAAGAAUCAGGUUUCCAACAUUCGGCAUAUACGUUUGGAAUUGAAUCUCAUAUAUCACAGAGUAAUAUAAAUGGUGCGCUUGUUCCACCAGCAGCACUUUUGUCAAUAUUACAAAAAGGAUUACAGUACACAGAGGCUGAAAUAUCUAUAGGAGAAGACGGUACUGAACAGAGAAUAGUAGAAUCUUUGUCUCUUAUUGAUGCAGUUAUGCCUGAUGUCGUUGUUUCAAGGCAAAAUCAACAGAAUCAACAAAAACAACAAAUCAAAGCUGAUCCACAGGAUACUAAUGGAGAAGAAGCAGUUGUUACAUCAAAUGAUAAUGUUGGGUCUAAUGAACGAAGCGGAGAAAGAGCCGAAAUGGAGUUGGAAGAGCAACAGACAGGAGGAACUGGAGCGGGUAGUAAUACGAGUGCAGUAGAAAUACCAGCGAGUAAAGCAACUAAAUUGCGUGGUCAUGAGUCUGAAGUUUUUAUCUGUGCGUGGAAUCCCACAACAGAUUUACUGGCUUCUGGCUCUGGUGACAGUACUGCUAGAAUUUGGGAUAUGUCUGAUAACUCAUCGGCUCCUAAUCAACUUGUGUUACGGCAUUGUAUUCAAAGAGGUGGUGCUGAAGUACCAAGUAACAAAGAUGUCACAUCUUUAGACUGGAAUUGUGACGGAACGCUAUUGGCAACUGGUAGUUAUGAUGGCUAUGCAAGAAUCUGGACCACUGAUGGUAGAUUAUCAUCGACACUUGGUCAGCACAAAGGUCCAAUAUUCGCAUUAAAAUGGAAUAAACGUGGAAAUUAUAUAUUAAGUGCGGGAGUUGAUAAAACAACAAUUAUUUGGGACGCUGCAAGUGGACAAUGUACUCAACAAUUUAGUUUUCAUUGUGCACCAGCUUUGGAUGUUGACUGGCAAACAAAUACUUCAUUCGCCAGUUGUUCUACUGACCAGUGCAUUCACGUUUGUAAAUUGAAUGUCGAUAAACCUAUUAAAAGUUUUCAAGGACAUACAAAUGAAGUAAAUGCUAUUAAAUGGGAUCCUCAAGGUAAUUUAUUGGCAAGUUGUUCGGACGACAUGAGUCUGAAAAUUUGGUCAAUGAAACAAGAUACAUGGGUUCACGAUCUAAAAGCCCAUCAUAAAGAAAUAUAUACAAUAAAGUGGUCACCAACGGGACCAGGAACUCAUAAUCCAAAUAUGAAUCUCACAUUAGCCAGUGCUUCGUUUGAUUCAACUGUAAGACUGUGGGAUGUUGAAAGAGGAUCAUGUAUUCACACUCUUACCAAACAUACUGAACCAGUUUACAGUGUAGCAUUUAGUCCUGAUGGUAAAUUCCUUGCCAGCGGCAGCUUUGAUAAAUGUGUUCAUAUUUGGUCGACGCAGAGUGGACAAUUGGUGCAUAGUUACAAAGGUACAGGUGGAAUAUUUGAAGUCUGCUGGAAUAGUCGUGGAGAUAAAGUCGGAGCAUCAGCUUCCGAUGGAAGUGUUUUUGUCCUUGAUUUACGUAAACAAUAAUUUCAUAUACGUAAUAAUAAUAAUAAUAAUAAUAAUAAUAAUAAUAAUAAUGUUGAUUUUAAACAUUUUCAUUGACUUUUAUCAUUAAUGGACGAAAUUAAUUAACUUUGCAUUAAAGUCUUAUAAAAAUUUGUAUUUAAUACCGGAGUAUUUUUACAAUAAGAUACUGAAACUGCCUGUUAUUUAAGCUCAUUGAUUGAUUUAAUUUUAUUAUACAACCCAUGCUAUCAAGAAACUUCAUUGUAUUUUUUUUAUUAUUAAAAUCAUAAUUUUUCUUUAUUUGCUCAGACUCUUAAGUAUCAAUAUAAUGAUAAGUUGUAAAUCUAAAUUUACUUAUGGCUUUUUUAGUAAAAGUAUUACACCAUAAAAUGUAAAGAAGAACAAAAAUUAAAUACUUUAAACGUUGAACUUUUUUUAAUAAAUCAAAAAAUAUAAUUAUCAGGACAUUAAUAAUUUGUAUUAAGCUUUAAUUAAUACAUAUAGAUAUGAAGGUUUAAAAUAAAAUUUUUCUAAAGACUAAGCUUUAAAAGUUUCAUUAUUUUUACCCUUUCAAAUAAAUAUAUUUCAACAUCAGUAACUUAUAAUAAUAAUAAAUAAAUAAAUAUUUGGUUUAAGGAAAAUUAUUGCAAGACUCAUAAAUAUGAUUUAUGUUAUUAAAAUACAACAUAAAUAUUUAUUAAAGAUACACUUUGAUUUUAAAUAAAUAAAAGUAAUAAAUAAUUAUUCAGCUAGAAUCUACAUAAUUGUACAAGGGAAUACAUGGAUAGGCCUAACUACUAACAUCAAUUAACGUACAUUUUUGAAAGCUUUUAUAAUCUUUUAAAUUUUUAAAUUUUAAUUUUAAACAAAGUUAUUAAAAUUCUUUUUUAUUUAUUAUUAUUUUUAAGAAAAAAAAUCACACAAUAAUACUGUUUCGUUUUGAUAAAUUAUUUUAAAAUACUGAGAUGAAAAAUAAUAAUAAAUUGAUUUGUAGUAUCUCUAUCUUAGUUUUCAUUCAUAUCAAUAUUAAUUUACAGUUUUUAUAAAUUAUCUAUUAUUAUAUUAUCCUGUGGUCGUAAAUUAUGGAGAACGACAAAAAAAUUUUUUUAUAUAUUAUAUUACUCCGACAACUCUAUUUUUUUAUUAUACUUGUCUCUUCAUAUAAUGUAUUUUUAUAUAUAUUUAUUUAUUUAUAAGUAUUUAGCGUUUCUUUUAAAAGAUGACAAUAAGAUAUCACUAAGAAAAAACAAUAAUAACAAAUCUGUAAACAUUUAUCCUUUAACUAAAUAAAUACUUUUUUAAAAUUUAAUAUGGACAAUUAUAAUUACAAGCGGAGGGAUAAAAUUGUACUCGGCGACCAAUUGUUUCACUCGCGUUACAAUAAACGAAUUUUAUUAAUCUUCUUUAUCUGUAACAAAUAAAUGGAACAUUUUUUU